AUGGCAUCGACAAGAAAAGUUGCUGUUGUAACAGGCAGUAACAAAGGUAUAGGCCUGGCAAUAGUAAAAGGCCUGUGUGAAAAGUACGAUGGCGAUGUCUAUCUCACAUCCAGAGACCCAGGAAGAGGCCAAGCAGCUGUGGAGUCUUUGAAAAAAUUAAAUUUGAAUCCUCUGUAUCAUCAACUGGACAUUACCGAUCAAGAUAGUGUCAACACUUUCAGGGAUUACUUGAAAAGCAAACACGGAGGAAUUGAUGUAUUGAUUAACAAUGCCGCAAUUGCUUUUAAGGCUGCCGCAACUGAACCAUUCGCAAUUCAAGCCAAAGAAACGAUCCGCGUAAACUAUUUCGGCACGUUACGAGUAUGUGAAGCCUUAUUCCCACUUUUACGCCAAAACGGCAGAGUUGUAAACGUUUCAAGCGUAGUUGGACAUUUACUGAGAAUCACCAAAGAAGAUUUACGCAACAAAUUGAACAGCCCAACUUUAGAUCUGGCCACAUUGAAUCAAUUAAUGGAACGAUACGUGAAGUGA